AAAGUACACAAACCUUCAGCACAGGAGCAGACAUACCACCAGAAUCCUCACAAACCACAGCAAUGAUAUUACACUACUUAGUGGAAUACCUUGAUUUUAAGAGCUGGCUUUUAGGAUUUUUUCUUUUCCUACUACUUCUUGAUAUCAUCAGGAACAAAAAUCCAUCCAAUUUUCCACCAGGACCAUGGCCCCUACCUUUUGUGGGAAACAUUUUCACUGGGCUUGACUUUAAAACAAUAGACAAGCUUGCUGAGAAGUAUGGAGACGUUUUCAGCCUGCGUUGGGGCAGUGAGAAAACUGUGUUUGUCUCUGGACAUAAAAUGGUGAAAGAGGCUCUCAUUACUCAGCUAGACAGCUUUGCAGACCGACCUGUUGUCCCUCUCUUUCACAAACUCUUUAAUGGACUUGGUGUUGCUCUCAGUAAUGGGUACCUGUGGAAAAACCAGAGGAAGUUUAUCAUCACACACCUACGCCACUUUGGUGAAGGGAAGAAGACCCUAGAGCUGAGUAUCCAGCAGGAGAACAUCUUUCUGUGUGAUGCUUUCAAAGCAGAACAGGGUCUUUUUGAUCCCCAGUUUUUCCUCAACAACGCAGUCUCAAACAUCAUCUCCGCACUAGUUUUCGGUCAUCGCUUUGAAUACCAUGAUGAGAAUUUCCAGAAUAUCUUGCGUUUGGAUGCUGAAGCUAUCUUUCUGGCAGGUUCUGCCCGAUCUCAGCUGUAUAAUGCCUUCCCUUGCCUCUUUGAAUACCUUCCUGGUCCGCAUCAGAAGAUUUUUGCCAACUACGCAAAAAUAAUAGAGUUCCUAAAAGAAGAAAUAAGAAAACACAAGGAGGACUGGGAUCCCUCAAAUCCUCGGGAUUACAUUGACAGUUUCCUUCUAGAAAUGGAAAAGAAAAAGAGUGAUCCUGAAGCUGGAUUUAAUGUUGAGAUGUUAUUGGCUGCAAUGCUGGACAUGUUUGAAGCAGGGACAGAAACCACAGCCACUACAAUACGCUGGGGUCUUCUCUUCAUGAUGAAGUACCCUGAGAUACAGAAAAAGGUACAGGCAGAGAUAAACAAAGUUAUUGGACAGUCACGCCAAGCCAGCAUGGUCGACAAACCCAACAUGCCCUACACUGAAGCUGUUAUUCAUGAGAUUCAAAGGAUGGGCAACAUUGUGCCUCUGGGUUUCCCCAAGAUGGCUUCUAAAGAUACUGUACUGGGUGGAUUCUUCAUACCAAAGGGCACAACUGUGACUACAAACCUAUCGUCUGUGCUUAAUGACAAGAACGAGUGGGAAACACCAGGCACGUUUAACCCAGGACACUUUCUGGAUGAUCAAGGCCAGUUCCUGAAGAAGGAUGCUUUCCUGCCCUUUUCAGCAGGUAAGAGAUCAUGUGUGGGGGAGCAGCUGGCUCGUAUGGAGCUCUUCCUGUUCUUCACCUCUCUGUUGCAGUGCUUUACCUUCUCCCCUGGUCCUGGAGACGAUCUCAGCUUGGAAGGCCAGCUGGGAUUCACAUAUGCACCCAGACCUUACUGCAUGUGUGUCACCCCACGCUAAGAGCCCAUACACAAAUAUAUACGCUUUUAAGCUAUUUGUUGUAAGAAACCUAAUUAAUUAAUUAAUUAAUUAGUUAGUUAGUUAGUUAAUUAGAAUUAAUAGUACGGUGGCUAAUAAUAGUAGUAAUAAAACGGUGGCUUAGUGGUUAGCACGUUUGCCUCACACCUCCUGGGUCCAGGGUUUGAGUCCCGCCGAGGCCAUGUGUGUGCGGAGUUUGCAUGUUCUCCCUGUGCUGUGGGGGUUUCCUCCGGGUACUCCGGUUUCCUCCCCCAGUCCAAAGACAUGCUUGGUAGGCUGAUUGGUGUGUCUAAAGUGUCUGUAGUGUAUGAAUGAGUGUGUAUGUGAUUGUGCCCUGCAAUGGACUGGCACCCUGUCCAGGGUGUACCCUGCCUUGUGCCCGAUGCUCCCUGGGAUAGGCUCCAGGUUCCCCGUGACCCUGAAAAGGAGUAAGUGGUAGAAGAUGGAUGGAUAAAUAAUAGUAAGAAGAAAUCAAUAAGUAUUCAUGAAUUUUAUUAUAUAUAGUAGCCAUUAUUACAUAUUAUAUAUAUAUAUUACCAUUAUAUGAAAGCAUUAUAUUGAAUAUAGUUUUCUUUACCAUGACUGCCUAAGAGACUCAUUAAAAAUAAACGCAUUGAAAGUAUCUGCUGUUUGAUGUCAUACAUGUCUAAUGGUCAGGUCUGGUGAUCUUAUCACAUUCGAAAGUAGGUUAAAAAAAAUGUUCCACCAUUAACCAUUGCUGUGUCCUAAAUAGUUUCUGAGAUUAGAAUUAGUCUGUCCCAAAUCAUAGUAUGUUGAAAUGAGUACCCCAGGUAUGGUACUCGGAUGGUCUACUUGUCAUGUCACGACAAACUGUUCCAGAAAGCACCACAAACUACAAACAUGACUGAUGACUACAAUGCCCAAUGGAACACACAGGCACGUCACCUUCUCCUGCAGACUAAGCACACACACCUGUUCCCAAUCACACUGACAAUCUCACCACACUACUUAAGAGACUCUCACACACAAUGUCUUUGCGAAGUAUAUGUGGAGUUGCAUUUUGUCUCUGCUGGUACCAAACUUUGAUACUGUGUUUGUUUAUUCUGGUUUUUGGCUUUGUUCUCGUUUAUGACCUUGUCUCUCUGCCUUGCCUUGUUUGGACUGUUUGCCUGACCUCUGCCUGUCUAUGUUUAUUGAUUUCUGCCUUGUUUUAUUAAACUGCCAUAGCUACACUUG